AUGGGCUUCUCCACCAACCUGCAGGGCAAGAUAGCCCACGAGGCGCUGCUGUCCCGGCAGGACGCCGAGCUGCGGCUGCUCGAGUGUGUGAAGAGGUGCGUCGUGUCAAAGGUGAAGUGCGACAGGGAUUACGCGGCCUCCCUGAGCGGGGCGGCCGCUCAGGGGCUCAAGUUCGACAGGAGCGACGAGCUGUCAGGUUUGUGUGUCGUGUCAAAGGUGAAGUGCGACAGGGAUUACUCGGCCUCCCUGAGCGGGGCGGCCGCUCAGGGUCUCAAAUUCGACAGGAGCGACGAGCUGUCAGGCAGUCUGGUCGCCACAUCGUGGCGUUCCAUGAUGGAGGAGAUGGACUGCACCGCGAAAGCCAUACGACAAAACGCCGACGCCAUCGAGAGCAAAUGUCUGGACGCCUUGAACGCCCUCUACGCGGACAAACGGAAGGCCAGGAAGGCCUACCAGGAAGAGCACUCGAGAAUCCUGCAGCAGUUUACGCACGUGAGUCAUUCCCUUCUAUGA